AUGGUCAAUAUUUCAACCGAAUUCGAUAUUUCCGCAUCGAUAUUGAUUUCAGCCUUCUUAAGGGGCACUCCCAUUACGGGGUAUUGUUUUCUAGCUGCCUCUAGCCACGACCAAGCUACGGAAAGGACGUUUCAUGACUAUGGCGAUGGUUUACACAGUGUGAUUAGUCGCCUUCGGCUCAUUCGAAAUCCUGAUGCCAAUUCAACAAGCACUAUUAAGCUACACAAUGUUCUUACUAGGCGGGAAGAUGGGUCGAUUCUCGUUCAGGCUCUGGUGCAAGCAUUUCGACGACUUCCCAAUCUCACAAGCGCACAGAACCUCGUUAUCACCAUAGAUUCCAACAACUUAGAGACUGAAGUCUUUUCCAGCAACCCGCCUUCUCACAAAGCAGCAGCUUAUUAG